CCGCCAUCAUUUCAGUAAAUAAUAUGGCCUCCACUGCUGGCAUCGAAGAUGCCUCCCGCGAUCCACCCAGUCCUCCAUCACCCACCGCCAGCUUCUACGACAUGAGUGACGAUUCCGAGCGCGAGUACAGCACCAUCAGGCACAGCAGGAGCGGCAAAGGCGUCAAGCUGCUAUACACGAAAAGCAAAGUCUACGUCCAUCCCACCUCCAGUGCAAGGGACAAUGUACCCGGUUAUAUUGCUUUGAUGCAGCAGAAGCCAGCUGCCGGCGAUGUUACAACUCCGUCAACAAGUCCUGAGCCAAGUGCCAGAAGAGCCCAAAGGAGGAGUCUCCUGCUCGCAUGGGUGCCCGAAAGCAGUCUAGGCGAGGCCAGCUCUACAUACGCGAAAGUGGAAAGCUCGACCUCACCUUCUCCGCCUCAACACUCCCCCCUCGUCCCCGCGCCUCCUGUUACGACAACCCACAGCUCCAGUCUAGGCACCUACGCCUUCUCUGUACCCGUCAGCGAAGUCUUCAGCAUCCUUGUCCGACCUCCCAACUCCGGCUGGUGGCAUGGAAGCGUCGUGAUCAACACACGCGCCGGCGACAGCUUCCCAGCCCUCUUCUUCCACGACUCAGAAUGCCAGAGCACGAUCGAGCAGCGCAAGCGGUUGCAGCGGGAGAACUUCAGCAUCAGCUCACCCGAAGGCAGCGGUGGCGUGUUCUGGGGUGGAGAUGAGUUGAUCCGAUGGCUGAAGAGUUACGUUCAUGUUGAAAGAUCGGCGCAGGAGCCUAGCAUCUAUCUGAUCGAUCCCAACGAUGCGGAUAAGCUGUCCUUCGGCAGUGGCGGGAAGCCGACUUCACACAAUGUGCGCAAUGUGCUGGAGGGCAAGCACAAGGAUGAGCCUGCAAUGCACAAGCAAGGCGAGGACCCGGUUACGAAAGCCUUAAAGCAAGCUCGGUGGAGCUUCUUGGAGAAGAUGGCGCAGGUCACGACCUUCACCCGCCGCACGGCGCAGGCGGUUGCCGAGAACAAGAACCUUCCACCACAAGUCAAGCGAUUGAUGCAGAGUCCGCAAGUGCAGACGGUGUCUGACGAGUUCGACUCUGCAAGGCUGUAUUUGGCACGAUGGGCUAUGGGCAUUGCGGAGCAGUCGGAGAAGGAGCGGAACCAGCGCAUCUGGACGGCGAAGGAUGUGCUGGAGAUGGAGGAGACCGGCGUUGGCGAGUUCGAGAUACUGGAUCUGGACGCUCAGAACAUUAGUCUGGCCGACAAGCGAAAGCCGGUCUCGCUGCAGGAGUGGAAGGGCUACUUCAAUGCCAGCACGGGCCGCCUGGAGCGGACGCCGGAUGAGGUCAAAGAGCGCAUCUUCCAUGGUGGACUUGCAACAGAUGACGGCGCAAGGAAGGAGGCGUGGCUCUUCUUACUAGGCGUAUACGACUGGACGUCGACGAAAGAGGAGCGGCGUGCCAAAAUGAACAGUCUACGUGACGAGUACAUCCGCCUCAAGGGGGCAUGGUGGGAGCGCAUGGUCGACGAGCAAGGCACGCUCGAAGAACGUGAGUGGUGGAAGGAGCAGAAGAUGCGCAUUGAAAAGGACGUCCACCGCACCGACCGCCACAUUCCCCUCUUCGCCGGCGAAGACAUCCCUCACCCGGACCCGGACAGCCCCUUUGCCGAAGCCGGCACAAACGUCCACCUAGAACAGAUGAAGGACAUGCUACUAACCUACAACGAGUACAACCGCGACCUGGGCUAUGUGCAAGGGAUGUCCGACCUCCUCGCGCCCAUCUACGCCAUCGAACAAGACGACGCCGUGGCAUUCUGGGGUUUCGUCAAAUUCAUGGAACGCAUGGAACGGAACUUCCUUCGAGACCAAAGCGGAAUGCGCUUGCAGCUACUAACUCUCGACCAACUCUGCCAGCUCCUCGACCCAAAACUGUACGAGCACCUGCAAAAGCUCGACAGCACAAACUUCUUCUUCUUCUUCCGCAUGCUCCUCGUCUGGUUCAAACGCGAGUUCAGCUUCGAAGACAUCCUCCGUCUCUACGAAACUCUCUGGACUGACUUCCUCUCCGCCAACUUCCACCUGUUCGUCGCCAUGGCUAUACUGGAGAAACAUCGGAAUGUCAUUAUGGAGCACUUGAAGGGCUUCGACGAGGUGUUGAAGUAUGUCAAUGAGUUGAGCGGGAGUAUCGAUCUGCCUUCUACGCUGGUCAGGGCGGAGGCGCUGUUCAAGCGCUUUCAGAGGGUUGUGGAGGCGAUCGAUCGGAAGUCUAGUUUCCCCGCUGCGCCGGUGGCGAGGCAGAGGGUACCGUUGCCCCUGCCGCCGCCGCCGGCCACGAGUCCGGGGGUUGAUGGGAGGCCGCGGCAGGCGUCGGCGGAGAGUGGGAGUGGGGCGAGGAGACGCAGUUCUUCGACUGCUGUUGCGGUUACUACGGGGAGAGAGAGGACGGUGGGCGAUCAUGUCGGUGCGGGGGUUGGGGCGGAGAAGGAGAGGGUUGUUACGCCGGAGUUGAGGGCGUUGUUGUCUAGGGAGGUACCGAAGUUGGACAAAGUUGAGGUUAGGGCGCAUGGCGGUGGGGUGGGGAGUUGAGAGUCGGUCAGCGCGGGUUGUUGUUUGAUGAUUGUAUGAUGGGAUGAUUGUUGGAGCUUCUGGCGGAAUGGCGUUGGAGGACGGUGGUUGAGUAUUGAGCAUGGAAUCGGGCGUACGAUAUACCUUCAUUACCGUCCUAAUGAGCUACGAGGGCUGCAGUAGAUCACGGUUCGUGAGCAGGGGACGCUCAUGGAGAAGUGACAUGCGUGUUAUAGCAGCAGAUAAAAGCCAGUCUCGAGUACUGUGGUGGACAGGCUGAUGAAGCACCCUAAGCUUUCGAAAAGUCAUACCAGGAGCAGUCGACGCU